AUGUGCGCGCACUUGGCGCUGCCCCCCUGCCCCGCGUACCCCGGCGGGGCUGCCAGGGGCUACCUGGAGCUCUGCUGGAACGCGGCGGGGGACGCAGGACAAGCCCCCACAGCGGCUGGGCCCGCGGGAGGCGCCGCGGCCAGGCACUCUCCAGAGGCACCGGGGAGGAGGCACACGGCAGAAGUAUCUCCAGCUUCAUCCAGUUCUGGGAAUUUCAGCCAAUUCACACCAGAUUCAGCCACCAGUCCACAUUCCUCAUCCUCAUCCCCACAGCCUACAGCUAAGUCUCAGGAGGGCAGAGAAUAUGGCGUGGAGGGGAUCAGGAAGACCAAGAGCCGGACAGCUUUCUCCAAGGAGCAGCUGCUAACCCUGCACCAGCGCUUCCAGAGCCAGAAGUACCUCAGCCCCCAGCAGAUCCGGGAGCUGGCUGUUGCCCUGGGGCUCACCUACAAGCAGGUGAAGACUUGGUUCCAGAAUCGGAGGAUGAAGCUGAAAAGGUGCCAGAAGCAGAGCCUGUGGAGCGAACGGGCUCAGUGUCUCACGCAAAGUGGCUUCCAGAGCGGUACUUACCUGGACGUGCACCCCAAAUUCCACCAGGGCUACCCCAUCACCACAGCUGGCAACAUCCAAGCCAUGCCUGCCCCCUGUCAGCACUACGGAGCAGGGCAGAACGCUUACACAAUCGUGACCAGCGAGGAUGGAGGAGUCUUUGGCAAAGGCGGGGGGACCUGCAGUGUCCAGCAGACAGUGGGCUUCAUUGCUCAGCACAAAGUAGACUUUUACCACAGCUAUCCUGGCAGUGUGGAAUAUCCAAGCUCAAAGACAGGUGAUGGUUGUAAUUUUCACCACUCAGCCACUAUGGGAGCUCCUUUCCCAACUGCUGCCAGCCAUCAUCUUUAUCAUUCCUAA